AUGACGAGAAAGAGCGCGACCGGUUCUCCAGGUUACUGUGCGGCACACGCUAUCUCUCUCGGCCUCACAAACAAGAAGAGCAUGUUUAUCCUCUCCACCGCGCCAUCCACUUCCACGCUUCUUCCUCUUCUCUCUUCCAUCCCUUCCUCCCUCUCUCUGCGAUCCUCCGCCGCCGCCGCUUCCUGCUCCUCCGUCGCUCCCAAGGACAACCGCCUCUUCUCCGCUCACCAUUCCCCUCCUGCCAUGUCCGCCUCCGUCUCCUCCCGUACUUUCCUCAACGCGCGCAACGAGCAAGAGCUUCUUUCUGGAAUCAGAAAGGAAGCAGAAGCUGGAUCUCUGCCGCCGAAUGUUGCUGCAGGAAUGGAAGAAGUGUACCAUAAUUAUAAAAAAGCAGUUAUCCAAAGUGGAGAUCCCAAGGCAAAUGAGACCGUAUUGUCGAAUAUGAUUGUUUUAUUAGAUCGCAUAUUUUUGGAUGUGACGGAUCCUUUUGUCUUUCAACCACACCACAAAGCAAAGAGAGAGCCUUUUGACUACUAUGUCUUUGGUCAAAAUUAUAUUCGUCCUUUAGUCGAUUUCAAAAAUUCUUAUGUUGGCAACAUGCCCGUUUUCAUUGAAAUGGAAGAGAGACUUAAGCAGGGACAUAACAUCAUUUUGAUGUCAAAUCACCAAACUGAAGCUGAUCCAGCCAUCAUUGCAUUGCUGCUUGAAACACGACUCCCAUACAUUGCUGAAAACCUGACCUAUGUAGCAGGAGAUAGAGUUAUAACUGAUCCUCUGUGCAAACCAUUCAGUAUUGGCAGGAAUCUCAUUUGUGUUUACUCUAAAAAGCACAUGCUUGAUGAUCCAGCACUUGUAGAGAUGAAAAGAACGGCAAAUAUGCGAAGUUUGAAGGAAAUGGCUGUGCUUUUAAGGAGUGGAUCACAGAUAAUCUGGAUUGCCCCAAGUGGCGGUAGGGAUCGCCCAGAUCCCCGCACCGGAGAAUGGGUGCCAGCAACCUUUGAUACUUCUUCGGUAGAUAAUAUGCGAAGACUUGUUGAACAUUCCGGACCACCAGGUCAUGUAUAUCCUUUGGCAAUAUUGUGCCAUGAUAUAAUGCCCCCUCCAAUGAAGGUUGAAAAAGAAAUUGGGGAGAAAAGAAUUAUAUCCUAUCAUGGGGCUGGCAUAUCAGUGGCUCCAGCGAUAAGCUUUUCUGAAACCACUGCUACUUGUGAAAAUCCAGAAAAGGCUAAGGAGGUAUUCUCAAAAGCCCUGUACGAUUCUGUGACUCGGCAAUAUAAUGUGCUGAAAUCUGCAGUACAUGGCAAAAAGGGAUUUGAAGCAUCAACUCCUGCAGUUUCUUUGUCACAGCCUUGGAAGUAGUCGAAAUCUGCAUCUUCUUCAUUACAACUUUGCUCUGAUGCAGCAAUUUCUUUCAUGGCUGGACCAACUGCUUUGUUCCCUUUUAGAAGCAAGUUACAAGACGUGAGUCAAACAAUUUCAACUGAUUCACUUCUGAGGGACUGCCUAUUACUACACCGAAUGAUUAGCUUAAUGGAAGUUUGCAGUCAAAUACAUAUUUUUGUUAAAUUUUUCCUUUUGCUCUUGCUUACCCUUAGCAGCAUUCAAUUCAUCUGCAAUCUGUUUCAGAAGGUUCAAAUUACGCUGCUUGCUGUACAGGUCUCUCUUACUACCGUGUCAGAUUCGGUUCAGUGACUGAAAAGAUGCUAAAUUUUUUACCUACAGUUUUGUGAUCAGGCUUCUUAGCUAGCUGAAUAGAUAAGAUCUAAUUGUUUCCAUUUGUAAUUUUUAAGUCAACUUUGUUCCAUUAUAGAUAAAUAGAUGUUAAUAUUACAUGUCCAGAA